AUGGCCAGCUGGUACGGAAAAAAAGGCCGCGGGUUGAUUCUUGGCGUGUGGAACGCACACACUUCCGUCGGCAACAUUCUCGGAUCGCUCAUCGCGUCGUCCGCGCUUGCAAGCGGAUGGGGCUGGGCGUUUCUCAUCCCCGGAUUCAGUAUCAUGGCGGGAGCGCUGGUCAUGUUUCUGUUUCUUGCGCCGGAACCGGAAACCAUAGGGCUGGAGUCGCCGCAUUCGUUGCUGCUGUCGGAGUCGUCUAGUGAGGCGGGCGGGAGCGUGCACGGGGAGGGGGACGAGGAGUCGGGGCUUGAAGCUGUCGAAUGCGCUGACAUGGCUGCUGACGUGGCGGCUGGUUUCGAUGCUGCCCUAUUAGCUCCGAAAGAGGCUGCUUAUGCUUCAGUAUCGGAGCAGCUUACGGUGCCGCUUUUACAGGGGAAGGAUGAUGCGGGGCCGGGAGCGGAGGGUCGGAUUGUGAUAACAGAGGAUGUGCUUAAAGCGGGAAUGGAAGGGAGCGGCGGGGAGCACGAGGCGAUCAGUUUCUGGGACGCAUGUCAAAUUCCUGGUGUUGCGGCGUACGCGUUAUGCCUGUUCUUCGCUAAGCUUGUGGCGUACACGUUCCUGUACUGGCUCCCGUUCUACAUCAAGCGCACAGAGAUAGCGGGCCAUCAUCUGACUGACGCGUUUGCUGGAGUAACGUCGACAGUCUUCGAUUUAGGGGGGGUGCUGGGGGGGAUAGUGGCAGGCCAUCUUUCCGACCAUACGGGCGCCCACGCCACCGUGUCCGCUUCCUUCAUGCUCCUAGCUGUCCCCGCUCUCCUCCUCUACUCCUUUCUGGGCGGAAUUUCCCUCUCUGUGCACAUAGGGCUGCUUUCACUGGUGGGAUUCUUUGUGAAUGGGCCCUACGCGCUUAUCACUUGUGCCGUGUCCGCUGAUCUGGGGCAGCACGCGUCGCUCCGAGGGAAUUCAAAGGGGUUGGCUACGGUUACUGCGAUCAUUGAUGGUACGGGCUCGCUAGGGGCUGCUCUGGGUCCGUUUCUAACGGGGAUAGUGGCAGAGAUUGGGGGAGGAGGCGGGGGGAAGGGAGCAGGAGACCUGGGGUGGAGGCUGGUGUUUGGAAUGCUUAUUUCGGCUGCACUGGCUGCAGUGUUGUGCAUACUGCGGUUAGUUAUUGGCGAGUUUAAAGCAGCAGCAGAAACGUCAGCAGCGUUAGACGCCUUCUUAGAGGCCGAGAGGCAGCAGCAGGAGCAGGGAAGAGAAGGAGAGCAAGGGAGGGGCAGUGGAGUGCCAGCGGGGGAGCAGCUGGGAGGAGAGAGGGGCGAACAAACGGGGGAGCAGAGGGGGACACAACGCAGUCUGCUGAGCUCAUAA